CAUUUGUCAUUUAUUUGAAAAUUUUUACUUAAUACGUAAGAAAUUAUUAUAGAAUUAAUUUUAUUCGAACAAAUAUGAAUAACGAUAACGAUCAAGUAGAUAAAAAGUGGGCAUAUUACGCCCCUUUCGAAGUAGUAAUACACAAUACCCCAGAAGAUUGUUGGGUCUCCUUUCUUGGUAAAGUUUUUGAUAUUACUUCGAUAGUUGAACGAUACAGAAAUGAAAGAUGUGUACUUCCUCUAUUGGCAAUGGCAGGAAAGGAUAUCACUGAAUGGUUUGAUGAAGCUACCGGAGAUAUUCAACAUUAUAUUCACCCUGAGACUGGAUGCCGUGUGCCGUACUGUCCUCAUGGACCUAUUCCCGAUGUUAGUGUCCAAGUGCCUGCUACAGAUUGGGAGCCGUUAGAUAGACCGCCUUGGUGGAUGGACGAACAAUACCAAAUAGGUUUGUUAACCAAAAGAGUUCGACCAUUACGAGUUGUAAAUAUGGUUUGUCCGUUUUUUAAAGAAGUCUUAAUAAAUGUUUGCAGUGAAGACAACUUUUACAGGAUUGAAGAGCGAUACAAUUUAUUCAACAGCGAUGCAGCCAGCUAUACAUGGAGGUAUAAGUCUAAAAAUAUAGACAUGAAUAAAACGAUGGAAGAAAACGGCAUUUUAGAUGAACGAGACACAUUUACACGUUUGGGAUUGCCCCAAAAUUAUUAUGUGCCAAGCGUUUUUCUCUACUAUAAUGAUGAUUUGAAAUACUGCGAUUUCGAUGACGAUGAAUGUGAACCAUUACCAUCAGAUUUUGGAUUGUGUUGUUUAAAAUCACGAUUUUAAAUAAAAU